UUAGGCUACAUUGUUUAAUUGGAUCGUCUACAACUUCACAAUUAAAAAGACGUGAAUGUCCAUACUGGUAACAAAUCGUAUGUGAACAUGACCUACGAAUGUGAAUAUUGUUCGAAGGUAUUUUCUUACUCUUCGGCGUUAAAGAAGCAUAUCCGUACCCAUACUGGUGAAAAACCAUUUACUUGUGACAUUUGUUCAAAGACAUUUUCUGUAUCUUCAAGCUUGAGCAGACAUAAAAAAGUCCACUCCGGCCAAAAACCGCAUUCGUGUGAGUAUUGCGCUAAGCGAUUUUCUUGUCCUUCGGAUUUAAAAACACAUAUGAUAAUUCAUACGCCCGAAAAACUUUAUAUAUUUUCAUGUGACAUUUGUGCAAAAACGUUUUCUUAUUCUUCAAACUUAAAGAGACACAAGAGAAUCCAUUCUGGCGAAACACCCUAUUCCUGUGAAUUUUGUUCAAAAACAUUUGCUGACGGCUCACAUUUAAAGAAACAUUUAAGGGUUCAUACUGGUGAAAAACCUUAUUCGUGUGAAUAUUGUUUGAAAGCCUUUGCUAACGCUUCAAACCUAAAGUAUCAUAUUAGUAUGCACACCAGCGAAAAACCGUUUUCUUGUGACAUUUGCUCCAAGACAUUUGCUGACAGCUCAGGUUUAAAGAAACAUUUAAGGGUUCAUACUGGUGAAAAACCUUAUUCGUGUGAAUAUUGUUUGAAAGCCUUUGCUAACGCUUCAAACCUAAAGUAUCAUAUUAGUAUGCACACCAGCGAAAAACCGCUUUCUUGUGACAUUUGCUCAAAGACAUUUUUUCAACCUUCACAGUUAAAUGUAUAUAAAAGAAUCCAUAGCGGCGAAAAAUCCUUUCCUUGUCAGCGAUGUUCAAAAACAUUUACUGCUGCUUCCGGCUUAAAAGUGCAUAUGAGAGCCCAUACUGGGGAAAAGCCGUAUUUAUGUGAAUAUUGUUCAAUGGCGUUUCCUGCUGUUUCGUAUUUGAAAACGCAUUUAAAAAGCCACAUUGUUCAAAAUCAAUAUUGAUCCGAAAUUCGUUCAAAACCUUGAUCAGGUGCUCAAGCUGAAAACAACAAGAGAGACUCCCUACUGGCGAAAAUUUCUUUUUCAUGCGAACAUUGUCCAGACGAUUUUUUAA